CUUAUUCUCUUUAACUAAUAUCAUUUCGCUCUCUGUGUGUGAGCAACAACGUGUGUUGUUGGCCUAUACCGUAUUUUCCUUUUGGCUGUCAUCGCGCAGAAGUCGCCCACAAUUUCCUGGAGAAAAAAAAAAAAAGAAAUAGAGCUUUUUUAUUUUUUCGUCUGAGAUCGAUGUGGAGCUAGCCCAUGAGAUCCGCUUGCCCCAUCCGCCAGUAAACAUACCAACAGAGUCCUAUAUACACCCAGUCUUUUCAUGUCAUUCCACCAUUUCUAGGACCCACCAGUCAAAGAUGUCUCAGUCGAAAGGCGACGACGAAACAAGCUUGACGUGUUUUUUCCUCCGUCCCGGCUUCACCUUCAUAUGAUAUUCAUAUCAUAUCUACGUCGCUCUCGUCGCCAACUUGCAACUAAGUCGCCAGGAUUUAGAAAAGAAGCGGUUUUUAUACCAAAGAUCACAACACCGCCGCCGCCGCAGCCCGAAAAUGUAUUUUUAUUCAAGCCUUUAAACAAGAGCUAGUGCUGCUGCCGGGCUCGGGUGGGGGGAGAAAAUCGUCUCCAAGAAUAUGGGCCAUACACUGCAGGGUCAGCUUCUCGAAAAUGGAUCGGUGGUGAUUGAUGGCUUCGGUACAAUUUCAACUGAUGACUACAGAUCUACAGUGAUCAGUGCAUUUUAUUACCUUCACGAGCCAUCAAAACUGAUAGUCCUUUCUCUCUACUCGGUUGUUUUCUUGUUGGCGGCAGUUUGCAACCUCCUCGUUAUCGUCGUCAUCUUUCGCUUCCAGCAUCUUCACAGUGUCACCAACUAUUUUCUCGUCAACUUGUCAGUAGCGGAUCUUCUGGUAACGAUGAUUUGCAUGCCAAUGGCCAUGUCGCAAAACAUUACGGUGAUUUGGUUCUACGGACUCUUCAUGUGCAAGUUUGUGACCUAUCUCCAAGGAGUUGCAGCCAGUUCCAGUAUGUUUUCUAUUUUGGCCAUGAGCAUAGAUCGGUACUUUGCCAUUCGUCAUCCAAUCGUCUUCCGACAAUUCUUCAAUAAGCGGGUGGCCCGUUGUGUCAUCUUGUCCAUUUGGGUGGUGGCCAGUCUCGUCUUCAUACCAGUUCUGGUCGUCCAGCACGAAGAAUCAAUCACUCUGCACGGCGAGAACGCCGAGCUGGUCAUUUGCAAAGUCUGCAAGCAGAGAUGGGAGGAAGACUGGAACAAGAUAACCUACAGCAUUUUCUUGUUCGUCGCUACCUACGUCCUGCCCGUCUUGCUCGUUAUCACUGCUUACAUUCGCAUGGGAUGCAAGCUGUGCACGCCCAGCAUCCUGAUGAACAACCACGACGGAGGCGAAAUAAUCUUAAACAGGGACUCACGAUUGCUAAACUGCCGCCGUCGGGUAGCCCGGACGCUUUUAAUUAUCGCCAUCGUCUUUGCCGUUUGCUGGAUGCCCUACAAUCUGACUCAGCUCUUUCUCGACACUUUGGAGAAGGAACAGUUGAAGGAAAUGGACAAAACUGCGCCCCACCUGUUGAUGGUGCACUCUUUCAGUCUGUGGCUGGGUCAUGCUAAUUCCGCAAUCAAUCCGCUGCUCUAUUGCCUCCUUUCGCGCAACAUCCGCCAGUCAGUUGCGAAUCUCUUCCGCCCGACCGGCCGGAAUCUUCGCAACAGCUCGGAGCCCGUGGAAAUGUUGCGACGCCGAGGUCCCGUCAGUAAAAAACGACCGCCAAUAGUAAAGAACGGAUGUUCCAACUUGAACCGCCAAAAGCCUGAGCCCCCAUCUCACCAAGAGCUGCAUCAAGUCAAUGAGAAUCCGCCCGGACGAGAUUUGAUCGUCAUGAAUCGACUGUCACCUCUAACCCCGCCGUCGAUUAAGAAAUUAAUGGGAUCACAUUCUCAGAGCUUCAUCACCAUAGCCCUGAUGCCUAUCAAAAUAGUCUCCUUCAACAAGAUCUUGCAGUCUCAUUCGAAUAAACCAACAGCAGCGCUCGAAGCCAAAAGUGUGGGAGAUAACGGAGAAAUGGAGGACCUGGAUUCGACACCGAAUAACUACUACUCGCUUUGAAUAUAAGCAUUAGUGUCAAGAACGGGUUGUCUUCAUGUCGUCUUUCAAGUUAUUUCGCGGUGAAAGCCAAUGCCGAUCUAUAUAAAGCCCUCCUCGUCUCUGUUUAAGCACCUGAAAUCAAAUAAGGCACGACGUCAAAAGUUCUAUCUUUUUGAAAAGAGAUUCUGACAAAUGAGAAUGCGCCCACUUUUCCGUUCACCUUUUGAUAUAUAACACGAUCGUUCUAUUUUUGAAAAUGUCAAAACAAUAUCCGAUAUAUUUGUUUGCGAGGCUGCUUCUGUUUAUAUUGACCAACAGAAGGAUCGUCAAAUUUUUCUUCUUUCAAUAUUUGAUUGUACACACUGCCCCCUCCCCCCCACACGAAAACGUCACAUUCUGUCUACCCAUUUUCGACACCCCAGUCCGCCAGUUCAAACCGCGUUGCGACACAACUUCGUCAAGACUCUACCAAUAAUAAGUCAACCUGGACUUGGAUCUCUACCUCCUCCAUCCUUCAUUUAUUAUCAUUAUUAUUACUCAUCAGUGUCGUACAUGUGCCCAUAUCCGGGGACCCCGAAUUUCUGAUAUUCUCGUCCUUUGUUGUUUACGUAACAUCAAAAACGGCAUCUGCUGCUCCCAGACCGUCUCGAUUUCUAUUCGUCUAUAAUGAUUUCGUCAAACAAAAUGUAAUUGAUGUGCUGUUUCGUGUCUUGUGAAUUAAUACUCUCAAAUAUGUCUAUAUUUUAUGUCAAAGCAAUUAACUGACCCAGUUACCAAAAAUAUAUGCGAGAUGUAUA